AUGGAGAAUGCCGACGAUGAAGCGGCGGCUACUGCUGCUGCUGACAUCGUCCGCCGCGAUCGAGGACAAACGUUUCCAGUGCUGCCAGUCACCGCUUACAGCACGCCGAGCCGCCAGCCAAGGUUGAAACUGCGGAACAACUUGACUGAGCGUGAACUCGAGGAAGCACAUGCAGCGGUACAGCGACUCGGCCACGAGCUACAUACAUUUACGAUCACCACGACGGAUGUGGAGGACUGGAAAACAGCCGAAGGUUACCUUUCCGCGCUCACGCCUACGCUGUACAGCACACUGCUUCCUUUCGCGCAGCAUCAACGCCCACCACCGCCAUGUCCGUCGCAGCCCGCCAUCAGGAAAGCUCGGCGCCGUGCAGGUUGCAUCCGCUCGGCGAUGCGACGGACGUCGCUGCGUAAGAAAUUCCGAACGCAUGAGAAGGCAUGCAUGCAGCAGAUAUUCGCUGGCGCGAAAGCUGACCCGGAGCAUGCCGGUGGACCAGCGGCCCCGACGCGCUGCCCGAUACCCAAGUCGACGGUGCACGAGUACUUCCAGGGUGUGAAUACGCCGCAGCACCAGUUCAACUUCGACGACGAGGCCGGCGAGCCCUUCCGUCAAUUGCUGGUGGCGUUGCCACCGGCCUCUGCGGCAAUGGAUGCGCUCACAUCGGUGAUUGUGGCCGAUGAAGUG